GGGGUUUCUCUCCUCCCUCCCCCCGCUAACGACGCUAACACCUCACCAACAUCUCGCGCCAUUCCACGCUGCCACGCCUGACGCCAGUAGUGUUCCAGCGCUGAAGCCACUAGGACGUAUCGCUUCGUAACGAUAUGGCUGAAAUACCGGGACGAGGCCGAGGAGGACGGGGAGCAAUAAUUGCUAAGCUACUGACAAUGCAAAAAAGCCCUGAUCCACCCACUUCGUCUUCCACAGCAGAUAUGGCUGAAAUACCGGGACGAGGCCGAGGAGGACGGGGAGCAAUAAUUGCUAAGCUACUGACAAUGCAAAAAAGCCCUGAUCCACCCACUUCGUCUUCCACAGCAGAUAUGGCUGAAAUACCGGGACGAGGCCGAGGAGGACGGGGAGCAAUAAUUGCUAAGCUGCUGACAUUGCAAAAACCACCCACUCCAUCUUCUACAGCAGGUGGCUCACAUCCAGUACAGUAAGCGCAUAAGUUGGAUCAUCUGGUGGGCUCCAGAACUCACAAGGAUCCAGCGCAAAUUAUUUCUGAUACGCCCUUCUUCUUGUAAAAUGCUACAGCAUUUUCCCUUACCAAUGGUUAAUUCACUAUUAAUUAAUUACAACAUUAUUUAUGAUGUUUGACACAAUUUUUUAUAAGCUAACUUAUUUUUACUUGACUCUAGCGAUCUGUCUUAGAAAAGAAAUGACCAGCUUCCUUUAUGUAGAAAGAAAUUUCAUUCAGAUUUAGUAAUGCAAGCUGAAGGAUAUCUUUUUUGUAAUUACUAAAGUAACUUAAUUAAAAGUUUCUCCAGUAGGUAGGUUACACUCUUGAAUGAAAAUCUUAUUCAGCAAUAAUCGAAAAAGUAAAUGAAUCCCUGCCACUUUUUUUUUACCAUUAUGACAAAUAAUGAACUGUAUAAAAAGAAAUAUGCACUAUUAUGCUGUGAUUCCACGUAUUGUUCAUGAAUGUCACUCGUAUUUCAUUUCUGAGUUCAGUAGCCAGGUCUGUUUUUACAAUAUAAUAUAGCUCGCAAAUGGUUCUUCAAACUUUUCCAAAUCCAUCUUUGUGCAAUGAAACACUUUUAAAGAUGAAUUACUUGGCAAACUCUGUGCCUUUAUCAAAUUGAACAUCUUCUUGACACAAAAAAAUAAUAAAUAUAUUUUAGUUCAACUUUUUAUUUAGAUUGGUUUAUCUUGAGAAACACCACGUGCCAAUAGGAAAAACAUCUUCCUCUAAUAAAGUGAAAUUAUAUUUUCGUAAAAUAAUCAAAAUCAAGAACAAAAUCUCAUUUUUUCCAAAAAAACAAAACCAUUGGCUUUUAGGCUUUGUUUAUAUUUCAUAUGUGUAUAUAACAAAAAAAUUCUGUUAAUUCUGUGUAAAUUUGAGCGUAAUGGAAAGAUCCAUUUUUUAUCUUGAAAACAUUGUAAAUUGCACAAUAUAAAUAUAAAUAAAGUGCUUACUUAGCCCAAACAAAAUUAUUGCAAUUUAUUAUAAAAUCAAAUGUUUCACUUAAUUUAGCUUCCAUCGUCAUAGUUGAAAUACAUCUUUGUAAGAUGAGUUGGUCAUAAUGUGUUUUUGUAAGUACUGUUUUAGCCAUUAUUUUUCAAAGCAGGUAUUAAAAAAUACAGUUUUUCAUUAUAUUUUAAUACUGUUUAUUUAUGCCUCUGUUCAUCAUAUUUGUUAUUGAUAUUGUUGAAAAA